CCUUUGUUACCAUGGGUCGUAUGCACAGACGCAGUAAGGGUAUUUCUGCCUCAGCUCUGACUUAUAAGAGAACCCCACCAAGCUGGCUCAAGAUCUCUUCUCAAGAUGUUGAGGAAAACAUUUGCAAGUUCACAAAGAAAGGCUUGACCCCAUCUCAGAUUAGUGUCAUUCUUAGUGAUUCUCAUGAUAUUGCUCAGGUUAAGAGCGUUACUGGAAACAAUAUCUUGCGUAUCCCUAAGGCCCAUGGUCUUGCCCCUGAAAUUCCUGAGGAUUUGUAUCACCUCAUCAAGAAGGCCGUUGCCAUCCGCAAGCAUCUGGAGAGAAACAGGAAAGACAAGGAUUCCAAGUUCAGGUUGAUCCUUGUUGAGAGUAGUAUUCACUGGCUCACCCGCUACUACAAGAAAACAAAGAAGCUUCUUCCUGUCUGGAAAUAUGAAUCUACAACCGCCAGCACUCUUGUUGCUUAAGCAGCAUUUGGCUCGUGCAAUUUCUAGCUCAUAUGU